GUUGUAACAGCCAUCUUGGAGUCGGGGAAGAACAUGGCCAAAGAGGAGAAGAAGGCGGAGAAGUGCCCACUGCUCUACGAGUGGCACAAGAAGCAGUACGUUGGCGCUGCCCACGGCCUGGCGGGCAUCUACUGCAUGCUGAUGCAGGUGAGUUGAACACAUUAUCUUUAGUAUGUGAUAUCGAUCAGUGUGUAGAUUUGACUGCUAUUUCAUUGAUGCAUAUUACAGGUAUUACAGUAUAGCAUACAAAGCACUGUAGUAAGUCUCUUUGGCCAUGUUUCUAAUAAUACAUAUUUCAUUUAUAUAACGCUUUUCCUUAAGGGAGUGGCUCCUAAUCCGGUACCAGAUCUUUUCAUUCUGAGGCUCCGUAUCCGUGAGUCUGCAGGUUUUCACAGUAUCUCCCGGGAAUUUGGGACUCAUGCUAAAACCGCUGGUUCCUGGUUGGCUUAUAUUCAUGUUUUGCUUCAUCGAGAUACUGUUUAUAAUCAUGAUAUGUCAUCUUAAUUCACCCAGAAGAUUGAUUAGCCCUCACCUGAGCUGAUUAAUCAUUUAUCACAGGAAAUAAAAUAAGAUAAGUUAUUCAGGAUCUAAACAACAACAUCCCAUAAUGAGAUCCUAGAGAGGAUCAACCUCCUAUACUCCCAUUACUACGGUGAAUUAAAACCCUCAAUAUGGAUUAAUUAGCUUUGUAUAUGGAUUAAUAUGCUUUUUAAUGAUUAGUGUUCUUGGAUUUUAUGGCAGGUGCGGGUGUACCUCGAUACGUUUUCAUAUUUUAGGGAAAAAGAACCCAUUUAAAAUCAUUUGUGAGUUGUUUUGUUUCCCCAUGGUGCUUGUAACACUGAUGUGCCUCAUUAGUUAAAUUAGUCAGGGAGGUUUUUAUGAUGUUAAUAUAUUUCUGCACAAUAUUUCUACAUAUGUGCACAAAACAUUAGGAACACCUACUCUUUCCAUGACACAGACUGACCAGGUGAAUCCAGGUGAAAGCUAUUAUCCUUUAUUGAUGUCACUUGUUAAAUCCACCUCAAUCAGUGUAGAUGAAGGGGAGGAGACCGUUAAAGAAGGAUUUUUAAGUCUUGAGACAAUUGAGACAUGGAUUGUGUAUGUGUGCCAUUCAGAGGGUGAAUGGGCAAGACAAACGUGUCUUUGAAUGGGGUAUAGUAGUAGGUGCCAGGCGCACCGGAUUGAGUGUGUCAAGAACUGCAUCGCUGCUGGGUUUUUCACGCUCAACAGUUUCCUGUGCGUAUCAAGAAUGGUCCACCACCCAAAGGACAUCCAGCCAACUUGACACAACUGUGGGAAGCAUUGGAGUCAACAUCGGCCAGCAUCCCUGUGGAAUGCUUUCGACACCUUGUAGAGUCCAUGCCCCGACGAAUUGAGGCUGUUCUGAGGGCAAAAGGGGGUGCAACUCAAUAUUAGGAAGGUGUUCCUAAUGUUUUGUACACUCUGUGUAUAUCAUUUAGGUGUUACCACUACACCACAGCUCUGCACAUGCAGAGUAUUCUUAUGAUUGAGAUUGAGGAACAAUAGUACAGAUGGAUCAUAGUAUUAACCUUAAAAAGAUGUAGCUUAAGGGACCACUUUACAUUAGCCUAACUUUUUAUCUAGUUUCUCUGCAGCUAUUUGGUAAGUAGAAUAUCAUUACUCAGUUGUACAAUGAAAGAUACAAAAUAGCCUAAUUACUGUGCAUUUACAAUGUAAUUACACACAACCAAUAAAUAAAACAUCCAUGUAACUCAAUGGUAUCUAUGACAAAAAGUAAGGCAAGGAGGGCUUACAAGCCACCAUAGAAGAUUCCAUUAUGACACCAGCCUCCUAUGGAGGCCAGCUAGUCCUAAUACCCAUCUUCACCCAUUAGUAUUGGAGGCUGUCAGAGGCCAUGCGACCAUAUGUUGGAUAUGUAAUCUGCCUCUCUGAGAGUUUAAAGGCCAGAGUGGAGGAAAGUAGCUUAUCCUUUAUCCCCAGUGGAGAGUAGUCAGAGUUCUAUCUGUGCUCAGGCAUUUGCUUCUCUUUGUAAAUGUUUCUAUGAUCCUCCUGUGAUGCUGGCACUAUCAGCAUGCCUCUCCUCUACUACUCUCCUCCUCUCCUCUCUUAUGAUUGGUUGGCCAUGCAUCAUCUGUCCCUGGGGAGGAGUGUGGUGAUUGGGAGUAAUGAUGCGCCCACAACCAGUUCCCAGGGUGCACUGGGGGCCUUUUUAGAUCUAUAAUAUAAUAUAAUAAUAUAUGCCAUUCAGCAGACACUUUUAUCCAAAUCGACCUACGGUCAUGUGUGCGUACAUUUUACAUAUGGAUGGCAAUCCUGAAGUUGCAAGCAUCAUGCUCUACCAACUGAGCCAUACAGGACCGCUCUACUGGUACACAUUAACUAGCAACAGACCUGCCAUGUUGCUUUCAACUAUCUUGUCCCCUCCAAUUAUCAGUAGAAGGGAAGGAAGCGAGGUGAGGAAGCCACUUCAGACUAUUGAAAUCCUCCCGAUGAUUGGAGCCACAGGGCUCUGCACCCCCACCUAUCCCCCUUUCAAACUCUAUGGUGCUAGGGCACAUACACACACAAACACACCGUAGGCGUUUACAGCUUUGCAAAUAUUUGAGACCCACACGACCCUCAUUAAAACAUGAACAGAGGAAGGACUGCCACCAGCCAAACUAACAGGAAACGCAUGUAAACAACUGCAGGCCUGGGAAUUGUGUGUGUGUGUGUACAGUAUGUACUAGCACUGACUUUGCUGAUAGCUACUUAAUGAGGAAGAAAUUGGCUUACUAUGACUGCGAAUGCAGUUGUCUCUUAGCUACCUUAAGAUGAAUGCAUCUACUGUAAGUCGCUCUGGAUAAGAGUGUCUGCUAAAUUACAAUAAUGUGUGUGCGCAGGCGUACACUAGUACGCCUGUUUGUGUGUUCAUUCCUGUGAGUAUUUUUCCCCCGAGCAUUUACAAGGAGCUCCCAAUUCAAAAUUGGACACGUCUUAUUUGGAACGACACGUCUUAUUUGGAACUUAUGAAAGUGUGUUUCCAUCUAUCUAUCGAUCAUUCUUUGAAAUGUGAAAACAUAGCCGUGGGAAAUAGGGGUGUUGAGGGUGCUGCAGCACUCCCUGAUAAAUCCCCCCCCCCCCCCCAUGGUAAAGAGGGACCAGGGUUUCUCUGACAAUACCUGUGAUGCAAUUUUGUCCCCUGUUGCACAACUGAAAGCUCAUAUAGAUUUUGCCUUGUAACAACUCCAAUUUGGCAUUGGCGUACCCAACCCCACGAGAACACUGUCCAGCAAAUUUCCCCAAUAGCAGCCUGGACCGAACCCAAUAGGAAAUGAAUUAUUUAGUAUUCCCCAAGCUGUUGGAGUAACUCUAUUUAGGCCUGGUUUUCUUGCUCUAAAAGGCUACAUUUCAAAUGUGUGUUUCUGUAAAAAAAAAAAAAAAUUGCCAACACACUCUCAGGGCACACAGUUAUCAAGCCCCCAAUGGAUACAAUGGAUAAAGCUGAAACUUGAUUCCUUUUUGUGUUUGAUGAUAACCACUACCAUUUGCGCUCGUUGAGUGUGUGCACCCAGCUGCUUUGAGUAAAUAGAUUGUGUAUAUGCAUUAUCUUCCCUGUGUGUUAGAGCAAUGCAGUGUGUGUGUGUGCGUGCGUGUGAGAGCAUGUCUGUACAAGUGCGGUGUGUCAUUGUGACGCACGUGGACAUGCUCUGCUACACCUAUACUCAGACACACACACACACCCAUCUUCCACUCAUCCUUCCUUUCUUUCUCCCCUCCUCCCUCCGCUUAAUAACAGUAGCUCUCUCUCUUCUCCCUCUCCCCCUCUUCAUCCUUUUUCCUCCUCUCCUUUCUGUCUAAUCAUGUCUAACAGAAGCGCUCUCCUUUCUCUCUCAUCUCCCUCCCUCAAAUAUUCUCUAACAGUAGUCUUUUCUCCUCCUCUCCUCCAUCACUCCUUCUCUGGCUGUAAUAUUCUGUAAAAGUAGUCCUCUCUCUCUCCUCCUGCUCCUCCUCUUCACCCUCUCUGGCAGUAUUAAUAUCCAACAGCUCCCUCCAUCCCUGUCUAUGGCUGUAAUAUUAUCUAACAGCAGUCUUCUCUCCUGUAGGCCAUGUUUCUCAGCAUGGCCUCUCUCUCUCGCUCUCUCUGUUUCUGUCUGUAUAUUUCUCUCUCUCUCUCUCUCUCUCUCUCUCUCUCUCUCUCUCUCUCUCGCUCUCUCUCUCUCUCUCGCUCUCUGUUUCUGUCUGUAUAUUUCUCUCUCUCUCGCUCUCUCUCUCGCUCUCGCUCUCGCUCUCUCUGUUUCUGUCUGUAUUUUUCUCUCUCUGUUUCUGUCUGUAUUUCUCUCUCUCUCUCUCUCUCUCUCUCUCUCUCUCUCUCUCUCUCUCUCUCUCUCUCUCUCUCUCUCUCCACAGAGCCAAAUGAAAAGAUUGUCCUUGUCAUAAAUUCUCUCUGACACUUCCCUCUAAUUCAUCUCUCUCUGUGCAGUAAAAACCAUCAAGUGCAUAUUCACCACUGCUGAGUGUUAUUUGGGAUAAUGAACGUUGAGUCUGGGAUUUCUAUUUGAUUUUACAGUUUAGUCUCUUAGGGAAACCAAGUUAAAAUGGCCCGCACUUACAUGUAUUUGCCUAACGUUCUCUCAUAUAUGUAAUAUCUGACAAACCUGCUGAAUUCUAAUGCUCUGGGAUGUUUCAGACCAGGUGAUAUGUUGUGUAUUAAUUGUUUAUCGCGAUAAGGAUGGUUGUGAUAUGCAUACCAUCAGAUUUCAGCAGACUGUGUUUACAGAUGUCAGUAUUCCACAAUAGUUACACCACCUGUCUUCAUGUCCCCUGAACUUGUGCCUCUUUUUUUCUUUCCCUCUUUUUUUCUCUCACCCCCUCUCUCUUUCUGGCUUUCUCUCACCCCCCUCUCCCUUUUCUUUCCAUCUCUUGGUCUCUCUCUCUCUUAGCCCAGUGCUAAGGUGAACCAGGAAGUCCUAUCUGAGUUGGUGCGGCCCAGUGUGGACUACGUCCGCCACAAAAAGUUCCGCUCGGGGAACUACCCGUCGUCGCUAAGCAACGAGACGGACCGGCUGGUGCACUGGUGCCACGGGGCGCCAGGAGUGGUGCACAUGCUCAUCAUGGCACACAAGGUUAGGGACACACACACACCACACGAUAGUAAUGGCUCUUCAAGUAGAUCUGAAAGGAUUUGGAUAGGAACACUCAACACCACCCUCUCCUCUCUAGCACAGCUCUCUAACCCUCAUGAAUACGCUCUCACAAUAUUAGGGCUAAUUUGUUUUCCUAAUAUCAAUAUCAUGUUAACUAACACCAUGAGUUCCAUUAUAGCACUCCGCUACUCUCCCAUACAGUGGACUCAGAGAUAGCAGUGAACCAGGCCCUCUCCUCUAGUGCCUCCAGCUCUGCCACUCUCACGUAAUUGCAUGGAAUCACCCAGGAAAGAGAAUUAAAUCUAUAGCUGGAAGUAAUGAACAUAAAAGCUCCUGCUGCAUCUCAAUGCGCCAGCUCUGUGGCUCGUCUCUUAUGAGAAAUACACAACCCACAGUGACGCCUAGUGGCUAUCAAGUGCACUGUAGGACCAAGGCCCCUAUUCACAAAGCGUCUCACAGUAGGAUACAUUAUAUUCUACGAUUAUACGGACAGUGGAGGCCUGAUCCUCGAUCAGCACUAGGAUCACUACGGGCCCUGGUGUCACAUUUAGAUUACCGACUGAAUUUAAACAAUCACUACAUCCCAGCUUUGACAUGCUAGUCUGCUGGUUUAAUACCACAGUCAAUUUCAAGAGGCCUUGUUGAGGAAUGGGCUGUUUUUCUGCUGUGCUCAGCAUGGCCUCUUACAAACUGACUCUCACAGCAGGUCUGAAAACGCACACUCUCUCCCUUUGAAAUUACUAAUGGAAGGAGCGACAGAACGAUUGGAGAGAGAGAGAACACACACAUUUUGAGCAUGUGGAGAGGAGAUUUCCCAUGAUAAACGCUUCAUCUCUGACAAACCACAUGGUGCAUUUCAUCAGUUGUAGUCUGGCAUGAAUACACACUCACAUUCAGGGGGGUACACACACGCAUACAUACACACCCACACACACGGUGCAGGGUCAUUUCAUUUAAUCUUUCUUUGGUCCAUUAACUUCAUGAAGAAAAAAAUUUGCGUAUCACCUGUAUUCAGGUUCGUGUUUUCUAGGAAGUUUUUCCUAGCCAAUGUGCAUCUGCAUUGCUUGCUCUUUGGGGUUUUAGGCUUGAUAUCUGUAAAGCACUGUUACAAAUGAUGAUGUAAAAAGGGCUUUAUAAAAUAAAGUUCAUUGAUUUGAUACUGUCUUUGGCUAUUUCAGACUCCCUAUGUAAUGUAAGGGCAAUUGAUUAGGUGUACAUGAAGAAAAUUCCUGAUUUAUAAAUGGCAGGGCAAGAUGAAAGGACACUACUACCAUGUUUCUUACAUCAAAUUCUUUCCGAUCCCCACCAGUGUGUGGGAAGUUAGGGGUUGUAUUUCGGAUGGGGUUUGGGAUUGGGCAUGAGUCUGUCAUGUCUCCCCUUUCCUACCUACCUCCCACCAUCCCUCUCCCUCCAGGUGUUUAAGGAGGAGAAGUACCUGAAGGAUGCUGUGGAGUGUGGGGAGGUGAUCUGGCAGAGAGGCCUGCUAAGGAAAGGUUACGGUAUUUGUCACGGCACGGCGGGCAACGCCUACUCCUUCCUCACCCUCUAUCAGCUCACCCAGGAGAAGAAGUACCUCUACCGUGCAUGCAAGGUAACACACUGCACUGUGUGUGGGUGUGUGUGAUGAGGGGCUGUGGAGCUCCUAGAUACUCCAGCAGUAUUGUCCUUCAGAUCUUAUUCCUCUGUGUGAAUGAGAGGGGAAGGAAGGAUUCGCCCACAUGUACAGUAUAGCGUAGGCAGCCUGCCCUAACAAAGCUGCUAAAGGCACGACUACACAGAGACGCAAAAGUCUUUAUCAUGACAAGUAUUGUGUGUAAUUGUAUUGUAUUGUACCAUUGCCAAUAUUGAAGGCCAUUCUUCUUACUGACAAAUAAUCAUUAUAUGAUGAAUCAUUCCCUUGGAUUUCAUUCAUUGUUUUCCAGCUUUCUUGGUUUUUUAAUAUAGCCUAUGUUAGGGUGUUAUGUCUGCAUUCUCGCUUGCUUGUGUCGAUAUGUAUUGUCUCAGUGUGGAAUCCGGUUGUCUGUGAAUAACUUUAGUCCUGAAUGCUUUUUAGUCAUUGAAUUUUAAUCAAUUAAUUUGUGCAUUCAUUUAUCAAAUCCUUUGGAUUUUUGAAUUACUGCAUGCAUGGUUCACAUAUAUUAUUUAUUCAUGUAUCCAAGUAUGGUAGCGUACAGUAUAAUUUAUUGUCUUUCAUGUUUAACCUUAUGUUCUGGUAAUCACAUUGGUCCUAAUUUUUCCCCAGUUUGCUGAGUGGUGUCUGGACUAUGGAACCCACGGCUGCAGAAUCCCAGACAGACCGUAUUCUCUGUUUGAAGGUGAAACUUUAUUUAAACCCCUUAAGCAGACAGAAACAUCCCCAAAAUACGUGACAUUUUCCGCCUUCUCUUCUUCCCAUUCAAUUAAUGUAAUAACCACUGUCAUUUCCGAGGAAAAUGCAGACUGAAUUUGCUUUAAAUAUACACUACCUACUCAUUCAAGGGUUUUUCUUUAUUUGUACUAUUUUUUACAUUGUAGAAUAAUAGUGAAGACAUAAACUAUGAAAUAACACAUAUGGAAUCAUGUAGUAACCCAUAAUGUGUUAAACAAAUCAAAAUAUAUUUUAUAUUUGAGAUUCUUCAAAGUAGCAAUCCUUUGCCUUGAUGACAGCUUUGCACAAUCUUGGCAUUCUCUCAACCAGCUUCAUGUGGUAGUCACCUGGAAUGCAUUUCAAUUAACUGCUGUUCCUUCUUAAAGUUAAUUUGUGGAAUUUCUUUCCUUCUUAAUGCGUUUGAGCCAAUCAGUUGUGUUGUGACAAGGUAGGGGGGUAUACAGAAGAUAGCCCUAUUUGGUAAAAUACCAAGUUCAUAUUCUGGCAAGAACAGCACAAAUAAGCAAAGAGAAACGACAGUCCAUCAUUACUUUAAGACAUGAAGGUCAGUCAAUAUAGAACAUUUCAAGAACUUUGAAAGUUUUUUCAAGUGGUGUCGCAAAAACCAUCAAGCGCUAUGAUGAAACUGGCUCUCAUGAGGACCGCCACAGGAAUGGAAGACCCAGAGUUACCUCUGCUGCAGAGGAUAAGUUCAUUAGAGCUACCAGUCUCAGAAAUUGCAGCCCAAAUAAAUGCUUCACAGAGUUCAAGUAACAGACACAUCUCAACAUUAAUUGUUCAGAGGAGACUGCGUGAAUCAGGCCUUAAUGGUUGAAUUGCUGCAAAGAAACCACUACUAAAGGACACCAAUAACAAGAAGAGACUUGCUUGGGCCAAGAAACACGAGCAAUGGACAUUAGACAGGUGGAAAUGUGUCCUUUGGUCUGGAGUCCAAAUUGGAGAUUGUGAUAAAUGUUGUGUGAGGGUGUGAAGACAACUUUGAUUGCUUUAUCAGCUGGUCAGGCAAGGCUGAUUUUACAUUAUAAGACCUGUCAACGGGCACAGUCCAAAUAAUCUGAGAGCGGCAAUCGUUACCUUCAGUUUGGCAAUGAUUGGCCUCUGUUUGGUUCUGCCAUUGGUCCACUGGUGAGGGUUCCCUAUGCCAGCUUUGUCCCCCCCCCCCAUCCCCCCCCAUCCCCUCCACGUGUUGUGUGCAGCCACAUGAAACGUCUUGCCUGGCGUUUUACCUCCAUGUCUCCAUGGCAACCAGUUGCUGCCCACGUCAGAGUAGAUUUGUGGGCUGUGUUUGGUUGGCCUUAACCCCCUUCGUCUCUCUCUCUCACACUCACUCUCACUCUCACACUCACUCUCACACUCACACUCACACUCACACACAAACAAACACGUACACUCCCUUUUCCCAUCCCUGUCUGAAUUAGUCUUUCACUGAUAAACAGUCUGGUAAAAAAUAUUGCAGCAGUUUAAUUUUAUUAAUAAUAUAUGGACCCAUCUUGACUGUACAACCUAGAAUAUUGAAUGUUCAUGUCUUGUAUGUAAUAACUGAAUACAGUAUGUAAUAUUUCACAUUGCUGGUGUACCAACAGUGUUACAAGUGCAUUUUAAGCUCUUUGAACUCUUUCAAAGAGAUUUGAGAUGGAGUUAUUUAUCAUUGUGAAUGAACAAAACCAUGACGAGUGGUGAGUGAUUUGUAAGCAAAGCUUUCAUGUAUAUGGGGUUGUAGGGUUGGGCGGUAUCCAGAUGUCCAUACCAUCAUACCGCGCCUGUGCCGUCCUGGGAUAGACGGUAUUACCGGUAGUGUACACGGGCCAAAAAAUAAAAAAACAGACAUAAAAAAUAAAAAUAAAUAGAAAAUAAAACAUCUACCAGAAUGCUAUCAAAAUGCUAACAAGUACUAAGGAAUCCCCAUAGCGGAUGCUAGGUAAAUGCUAAUGAGCGCAUGCAAACAUUUACUACUAAGACAGACAACCCAGCUCAAAAGAUUAUGCAAGUAUCUAAAAACGCAGUUUGCAGCACGCACAAAACAAAUAUUACACAGCAGGGCUCUUAAUCCAGGAGGGGAUUGUCUCUGCUGCUGUUAUCAAGAAGCUUGAUAUUGCAAGCUAACGUUAGCUAAUGUUAGGAAGUUGACAAAAAACCCAGCUGGAGAGAAUUUAUUUGGCACAUCUUAAAUAGUUAACUUAAUAGUUAUACACAGUGCAUUCGGAAAGUAUUCAGACCCCUUCCCCUUUUCCACAUUUUGUUACCUUACAGCCUUAUUCUAAAAUUGAUUUAAAUAAAAAACGUUCCUCAUCAAUCUACACACAAUACCCCAUAAUGACAAAGCGAAAACUGGUUUUUAGAAAUUUUAGCAAAUGUAUAAAAAAUCAAACUGAUACCUUUGGCACAUCUUAAAUCGUUAACGUAAUAGUUAUAUACAGUGCAUUCGGAAAGUACAUUGAGACUCAAGGACAUUGAGACUUGUCCCGAAGCCACUCCUGCAUUGUCUUGGCUGUGUGCUUAGGGUCGUAAGUAUUCAGACCCUUUGCUAUGAGACUCGAAAUUUAGUUCAGGUGCAUCCUAUUUCCAUUGAUCAUCCUUGAGAUGUUUCUACAACUUGAUUGGAGUCCACCUGUGGUAGACGGAAGCCACUCCUCCAGUAAAAGACACAUGACAUCCCGCUUGGAGUUUGCCAAAAGGCACCUAAAGGACUCUCAGACCAUGAGAAACAAGAUUCUCUGGUCUGACGAAAAUAAGAUUGAACUCUUUGGCCUGAAUGCCAAGCAUCACGUCUGGAGGAAACCUGGCACCAUCCCUACGGUGAAGCAUGGUAGUGUCAGCAUCAUGCUGUGGGGAUGUUUUUCAGUGGCAGGGACUGGGAGACUAGUCAGGAUCGAGGGAAAGAUGAACGGAGCAAAGUACAGAGAGAUGCUUGAUGAAAACAUGCUCCAGAGCGCUCAGGACCUCCGACUGGGGCGAAGGUUCACCUUCCAACAGGACAACGACCCUAAGCACACAGCCAAGACAAUGCAGGAGUGGCUUCGGGACAAGUCUCAAUGUCCUUGAGUGGCCCAGCCAGAGCCCGGAAUUGAACAUCUCUGAAAAUAGCUGUGCAGCGACGCUCCCCAUCCAACCUGACAGAGCUUGAGAGGAUCUGCAGAGAAGAAUGGGAGAAACUCCCCAAAUACAGGUGUGCCAAGCUUGUAGCAUCAUACCCAAGAAGACUCAAGGCUGUAAUCGCUGCCAAAGGUGCUUCAACAAGGUACUGAGUAAAGGGUCUGAAUACUUACGUAAAUGUGGUAUUUCAGUUUUGUAUUUUUAAUACAUUUGCAAAAAAUUCUAAAAAUGUGCUUUGUCAUUUAUGGGGUAUUGUGUGUAGAUUGAUGAGGGGGGAAAACUAUGUAAUCCAUUUUAGAAUAAGGCUGUAACGUAACAAUGUGGAAAAAGUCAAGGGGUCUGAAUACUUUACGAAUGCACUGUAUAUAUAGCUGGCUAAGAUUAGUAGUACAUUUCAUACAAGUGUAACUUGAUCACCUCACUUAAGUUGCACUGCAGGAGUGACUCACCUUACGAAGCUCAUUGUGCUUCUUUGUAAACAAACAAGUGACUGGCUCAAACAGAUGUUUUUGAAAUUAGUGCCGGUAAGCUUCAUAAUGAAAAAUAAUCCAACAGGCGAAAUGAUUAACUCAGUCUGCUUUAUCUAUUACCUAAAGUUGACUGCUUUAUCUAUUACCUAAAGUUGACUGCAGGUAUUUAUUUAAAAUGUACAAAUAUUUUUAUUUAUUAAACUGUAUUGGAAAAUCAUACCGAGGGUAUUUCGAAAUAUCCUGUCAUUCAGUAUACCGCCCAAGCUUAGGUUGUACUGUUUCUGCUUGUAAUGUGACCCUGGUCUCUUUCUUCAUCCUUACUCACAGAAGAUAUGUAUUUUAAGUUGUAGAUUUUGCUGAUUGAUUUAUUGUGUAGUGUGUAUUUCACUGUUGUAAAUUGUGAAAUAAUUCAUCAUUAGCUGCUGUUGAUACCAUGUAAUGACGCCUUAUUGAAUUUGAAAUAAACCAUUCUCUCUUCUUAUCCAGGUAUGGCCGGGGCUAUCCACUACCUGUCAGAGUUGACCCAGCCGGAAUCUUCCUGCUUCCCUGCAUUUGAACUUUAA